UCAGCGGGAAGGAGUCAGAUUAACACGAGGCAGGGGCGUGGUGUGGUGAAGGAAGAAGUAGAACCGCCAAUGAGAAGAGGACAAUGCCUCGCGUGCACAUUGACUCGUGACGCUUAAAUACACUGGGUCAGGAAGAGAUAGUCAGUCAGACUUCGUGAACUGGCAAACUUUUGUUGCUUGUCAGGGAAAGAAGCUGAGACCCAGAGCUCUGUAAUUUUAUUCCUUUACUGCUUAAUAAACUACAUUAUCUGAGACCGAAUAUCUUCUCCUAUUGCUUCAUUAUAGAACACGCAGGACUGAGCUCACACAUAGCACGCUGGAGAGUAGGACGAGCCUCGAGUCCGACAGUGGGGUGCCUACCUGUAUACUGGAAAUUUGGCGGCUUUGAAGCUGGAUCCAGAUCUCAACGGCAACCCACCAUUUCAUCCUUCAUUCAACACCUACAGUGGCCUUCAACUACCUGAUGAGUCAAGCGAUUCUCCAGAUGUGUGGGAAAUUCAUCUCUGCAAUUGUUUCUUAAAUGGACUAAAACCGGACAUUGCCUCAGCUGUUAUAAGUGCCUGCAUCAUUUGGAAUGAUGCAUGCCUGUCCGAACUUCGCAGACACGCCAUACAUGCCCAUGACCAAAUACCCUAAGAUAAAAAAAAACAAAACAAGAGACAACACAGAAGGAGCUUCACAUGGCAGCAAUAACCAUGUAUAACACAGUUAUACAACAUGGACAACCAGGUCAUGAACUUAGAGGUAAAGAACGCGGCCGACACAAGAACUGGGGAAGAAAAACUCCAAAUGAUGUCUGUUUCCUCUGUGGCCAACGUGGACAUUGGAAACAUGAUUGUCACAGAAAUACCUCAUCAAACUCAGCAGACAAGUCGGACUGAAAAUGCCUGGGGGUUGUCGGAGAGAGAUGGACUCCUGCUGACAAGCCAACUUGUGGGGCCGGAAGAAGCAGGUGAAAGCAGCCCUCCCAUCACCAGCCUCCACCCCACUCCAUGAUUUCCAGCCCGGUGAUUGGGUGGUGAUAAAGGACCUGAGAAGGAAGCACUGGCACUCCAGACAGUGGCGAGGUCCAUUCCAGAUACUCCUGACAAUGCACACCGCCGUGAAGGUCACUGAGAGAGCAACGUGGGUCCACGCCAGCCACUGCAGGAGGAUCCCUGAGCCGACGGAGGAAUUCAGCUGCCAACCCGGGUGACGUGACGACAGGCGAUGCGACGACGGGCGACACGACGACGGACAAUGUGACGACGGACGAACACAGGAGAGAACAACGAGGGAUAACUCCGUGAAUGCAGCAGACACCAGCUAGACAUGGGAGACCAACUACAACAACCUUCUCAUCCCAUCAAAUCACAUCAUGCACCACCUGAUCCUGCUCCUAUCAUGCUCAGCAAUGCUGAUAGAAGCCUACACAUACGAACCCGCCAAGACUGUCACCCUGACUGAAGGGCAGAGUGCAACAUUCACUUGCAACAUCUAUCCUGAAAGUCGGCGAUUUGGUCAAAUUCGUGCAUAUUAUGCCGAAUAUGACAAAUAUCUGUGCAGAGAUCCCUGUGGACCACGCGAUUGGCAUUUGGUUGUGGCAGCCACGAGCAAAACCCUUGCCCCAAACAAAGACUCUCGUUUCAGCAUGACCAAAAUCCCACAUUCCAACGGAGCACGGAUCGUCAUCUCUAAUGUCAGACCAACUGAUGCAGGUACAUAUUGGUGUGGAAUCGAAUAUCCACAUACUCUGAUAUGUACAGGCAACUCAGGAUCGUGGUCAACGGGCCACCACACUCACAUGACGCUCCGCUUAACAUGCUGCCAAAUGUUAAGUCCAUCCCAUCAACUCCUGAAAUAGAUAGCUACCACCCGGACAACUUAAACGUCAUGGACCACAGAGGGAACACAGUGCAGCAAGCCCUCAGGCAGUGCAACAACAACAAUGCAUGUGCCUUAGCCCUUUUACACAAAAAGGAACUGAAGAUUCCUGGUGACUGUUGGGUUUGUCAUUCUCUGACAACCAGAUGGCAAGCCAGACCACUCACAGCAAAAAUUAUGUCACAAGGUCACAUGAAGGAAUCUUGGGGCAGAGAAGACCAUGGCAAAUGCACUGUCCCUCUGGGAAUGAUGACUUUACUGAUUGCUGGCCAACAACUAAGGGAAAAUGUCUCAGUUACAGCACACCCCAAUAUCACCUGCACUGACUCCCACUCAACCCCCAGUAACAUGGCAUUUGAUGUUCCCCUACAACAUGCAGAGACCUAUGUUUGUUCGGCAUCAUCAUUAGGGCCUCAUCUAGGACAGUCAAGCUGUCAAACUAAAAUAUUUGUAAACACCACGGCAUUAACUAAUUGCUCCCAUAGGUGGCCUAAUAACACACUGACAAGAUUUGCGUGUCCAUUUAAACAUCUUUCAUCCCAACCAGGAAUAAUGUGGUCUUGCGGUGGAAAAGCUUAUCAUGGCUUGCCACCUCAGUUUCAAUGGUCUGGCUCUUGCCACCCAUCAAUAGUUACCACAGAUACAACAGUCUUCCUUAAGAAGGUUCCCACUAUCACUAACAUUCAGUCCACCACACAUUUUCGAGAUCGCAGAGAUAUCACCGGCGUUCCCUCAAAAUACAACGGUUAUGUUUUGGCCGAUCCUUGGACUUCCCCCAAUGCCAAUGUUGGCUGGUCUCUAUUUUAAGGAGGGGGAACUGCUGCAGCCCUGAACAAAAUUAAUGGACUGGCCUGGUCUGCUCUCUCUCUGGCAAACUGAACUGAAGCAGCUCUCACUUUAGUCAACACUGAAAUGUUUGCAAUUAGAACAGCAGUUAUUCAACACAGACUCGCUCUCGAUAUCAUCUUUGCUGAAAAAGGAGGUGUUUGCAAGAUACUUAAUGCCUCUUGUUGUUUCUAUGUUCCUGAUGAAUACGAGAACAUCACCAACAUUAUCAAACACAUGCAAGAUGCCAUUAGGCCCCCACCAGCUGCAGAUGAUUCAUGCUUCUCUUGGUUGAAGGCUUGGGGUCAAGAAUGGUCAUCAUGGUUCCUAACAAUGAUUGUACCGGUCGUAAUUAUUUUCUUUUUACUCUGCACCAUAACCCCCUGUGUGUUGAAAUGGCUGUCUACUGUACUUACCAGAGAGGUGAUUCAAUCCUCCAUGUAUGUCCAUGUGAACAUUAAUAGUGACCAUCAAAUUUCAACUUCAGUUCCUGUCCCUGAUCUGCCUCACUACUCCAGCUCAGACUCUGAAUUUGAUGACGACAUUUGGUAAACAAUUUUUUUUUCUUUUCUUCUUUUUGCUUUCUUUACUUUUGUUUUAUUUUUACCUCCCUUUUGAUGAUUAUUAUUUUUAUUCCUUUCUUUUACUGUUAUUGACAUUGUAUCUCCCUUCCCCUCUGAACAACUGCUAUGAUGAUGCAUUUUAAAUCCACAUGAACUAAUGUGUUGGAUAUUCAAGUUGUGACCAACCUUUGUAAUAUUCGCUUUAUGUUUUUUUUUUCUUCUUCUUUUUUUGUGGUUAUUUUUUUCUUGCUUUUAUUUUUAUAUAUAUUUUACCUUUUUUAUGGCUUUUAUUUUUUAUCGUAUUUUUAUUCUAUAUUUUUCUUUUAUCACUUAUUUAUUUUUCUUUCCUUUCACACUUGCUUUCUUUUAUCAUUGAUGCUUUCUCCAUUACUGAUUAAUAGAUAAUCAAAAGGGGGGGGGGGGGGAUGCUGGUCCCUACAGCAGACCAAAAGGUAACAAAGAGCAACUUACAACUUAGUCAAAGACCUUUGUGAAGACCCCUGAAGGACGUUCCCAGGCCACUGAGGGGCGGUCUUCAGGUAUAAAUGUUUAGCUCUCCCCCUGCUCAGGGUCUUUCUUCAUCUGACCGCUCGUGUGAUGACUGACCUUUUCUUUGCAAAGAAAAUAAAAACCUUGUCGGCCGGCA